AUGGAGCCUUUGCCUGUGACUGACAGCUCUGACGCCCAAUCAUCAAACAUGUGUAAAUUAAUCCCGCCCACUUUGAGAGAGAAUGAAUCCUACCACGUCUUCUUAAGCUACAGCAGCACUGACUACAGCUGGACCCUCUCUCUGGUGGACGUCCUGGAGGGCGCUGGUCUCAGUGUGUGCUACCAUGAGCGGGACUUUACCCCGGGACGCACCAUCCUGGAGAACAUGUCGGAGUGCAUCACGCAGAGCCAGAAGGUGCUGCUGGUGCUGAGCGCGGAGUUCGUACGCAGCCGCUGGUGUCUGCUGGAGGCCAACAUGUCUCUGUUCCGGGACUGUCUGGAGAGGAAGCCCAUGGUCCCCGUUCUGCUGGACCAGGACGUGUGUGUGCCUCUGCACCUGUGUCACCUGACCUACAUCGAGGCCCGACACCCGGACUUUAUAAACAAGCUGCUCCACGUCCUGUGCACGCCCAACAGUGAUCUUCGAGGCUCGUCCGUGGUGCCGUAUCAACCUCCCUCGGUCUACAACGGCAAAGCUCUGCUCCCGCUCACCGCCGCCAACGAAGACAGCCUGAACUCGUGGGACGCCGGGGUCUACAGCGAAAUGGACGUCCCAGACCAGCUGCGGCUCAUCGUCCGUGACCAAAGCACCUACAGGGCGGCCAUGGCCAUCAUCAACCAGGUCUCCCAAACCCAGGUCUGGCUGCGGCCGCUGUGGAAGCGCGUUGUUGCUUACAUCGCUGGGCUCUGUUUUUGGAAAUACGAUGACCGCAGACGAAUCUUAUUGGAAAUGCAGAAAGCUGUAGGAAAAGCGAACGUUCUCAUGUUCGCGCAGAAAGUGCUGAUGGGUUGUCGGUCCACAUCCAAGAUCUACCUGGUUUAUAUUUCACUGGACUCUUGCAGACAGGAGUUUGAGAAGCAGUUCUCGGCGCAGACCAGCUCCGAGGACAUGUUUCGCCGAGCGCUUUUGUAUUUUUCUUCGGGGUACACGUGUUGUCUUGCUAAGAAGCACUUCCCUUUCACCACAGCGCCCCCCAGUGGCUCCAGCGGUCACCUGCCUGGAGGGGUCUGCUUCUGUCACUAUGUCAGUCAGAUGCUGGAGAGGGGGCAGUGGCUGGAUCAGUGA